CUAAGACGAGUUGCUCCGAUUUCCGUCUCGAAAACAGCAGCAACUUGCGCACGUAUCCAGAGUACCGUCUACAGAACCAGUCACGAGUAUACACAACGGGUGGCAGGAUGCCUUCGUACUUUGGUCUGAGGGGUAGCUCCCUACAAGCAGCGACGAUAUGGGCAGUCAUUAUGCCAUCGUAUCUUUUAUUUGGAUACAACAACGCAGUCGCUGGCGGUCUCCUCAGCCUUCCCUCCUGGAUAAGCACAUUCCCAGAGAUCGACACAGUGAAUACCACUGGCGCUGAGCAAGCUGCAAGUUCGCGACUCCAGGGAACAGUCGUUGCACUCUACACGCUGGGUUGUUUUUUUGGUGCCCUCGACUGCAUAUGGCUUGGCGAUAAGCUCGGCAGGAAGAAGACGAUCAUGUUCGGAGCGGCGGUAAAUUUCAUCGGGGCCCUGCUGCAGUCGUCGUCCUUCUCGCUCGGACAACUCAUCGUCGGGCGGCUGGUCUCGGGUUUCGGCUUCGGACACCUGACGGCCACUGCGCCCAACUGGCAGGCCGAGUGCUCAGCAGCUGAUCACCGAGGAGCCGUUGUGCUUCUGGAGAGCGUCUUCAUCAGCGGUGGGCUGGCGAUCGCCGCGUGGAUCUCGUUUGGGAUCUCGCACUCGACUGGCUCUGUCACUUGGAGAUUUCCACUGGCACUGUCGGGGUUUUGGUCGCUCAUCAUACUUUUUACUACGCCUCACAUGCCUGAGUCUCCUAGGUGGCUGGUUAGAAAGGGGAAGGUUCAGGAGGCCAGACAGACACUGGCUGCCUUGAACGGUGUCGAGCCUGAUGCUGCUGAUGUUGCCGACAAUGUUGCGGAGAUUGAAGAGUCGCUGGCAUUUUCGGGCCAGGCCAAGUUUACAGACAUUUUUCGAAACGGCGAGUCGAGAUUGCUUCACAGGACCUGCCUUGCUGCCGCAGGACAGAUGUUCCAACAGAUGAGCGGCAUCAACGCCCUAGCCUUCUACCAAGAAACGAUUUUUGAGACCGACCUCGGCCUGCCUGCAAAGACGGCGAGAAUUAUUGCUGCCUCCGUCUUUACCUGGCAGACCCUGUGCUCUCCUAUCGGCGUUUUGACAGUCGACCGGUUCGGCCGGCGAAAGCUAAUGCUGUUUGCCGCGGCGGGCAUGGGUAUUUGCAUGGCCAUCAUCGCAGGCGGCUCCUCGCAACCAAAUAAUAAUUCUGCGAUUGCUGCGGCGGCUGCCUUCAUUUUUAUGUUCAGCUUCUUCUUCCCUACAGGCUUCUUAGGAUUGACGUUCCUCUACGCUGCUGAGAUCGCACCUCUCAGCCAUCGCUCGAGUAUCACUGCUAUCUCGACGGGUUCGGCGUGGCUAUUCAACUUUGUUGUGGCAGAAAUCACGCCAGUAGGCUUCUCCACCAUUGGAUAUCGGUACCCUAUCGUUUACGCGUGCAUCAAUCUUUUUCUCACAUUGCCUUCUGUCUACUUCCUCUUUCCCGAGACCAGUGGUCGCCACCUCGAAGAAGUCGACCUGAUUUUCACUCACAGUCGCAACAUCUUCGAUACGGUCUCCAUGUCCAAUAAUGAUAUCGGAAGCUAA